AUGUACACCCACACCGGCUGGUGGACGAUUAUGCGGGAUCGAGGCAUACAAAUAGCAGAAAAAUGGAUGAAAUGGAUUUACACAGAAUUGGAUGAAACAGACGUCGUUAUGCGGGUACCGGGGCAAGGGAGGAAUCCAGGUCGAAGGCCAAUAGCAUCUGGGGAGAAAGAGAGAAAGGAAGAGAGAGAGAGAGAGAGAGAGAGAGAGAGAGAGAGAGAGAGAGAGGCAAAGAGGACUGCCAUAUCCUCAAACCGAUUCCUCGCUCCUGUAAUCAGAACAGAAGAAGAAUACAGGAAAAUGAUUCAGCAAGAAGAAGAGGAGGAAGAAGAAGAGGAGAAGGAGGAGGAAGAAGAGGAGGAAGAAAAGGAGGUGGAGGAAGAAGAAGAGGAGGAGGAAGAGGAAGAAGAGGAGGAGGAAGAAGAUUGGCAAGACUACCUAGAGACCGCUGAAGUGUCAGAACUGCGUCAGAAGUACUGUCAGCGGCUUCUUCUGCUUCUACGACGUGCUGACGUAAGUGACGCCGGCGCUGAUGUGGGAGCGUUCAUUCAUGACGUCGCUGUUUGGCUCGGUGGAAAUAGAGCACAAGAGACGCUCGUAAUCUCCUGUGCCAGAGAAACGGCAAGAUAUUUACAAAAGGAUUUGAAUCAGUAUCCAUGUAACAAAUCUGGUGGUUCGCUGCCCAUCAAACAACUACUAUACUCAUAUACCUUUGCAUGCAUUCAAGAACAGAGAGAGACAGGUACAUAUGGUUAUAGACGAUUAUGUGUGUGCAACGUGUGUCUGCCUGUUAUCGCUCAGCAGAGGAGUCCCGGGGCCUCGGUCCCCGAGGGCAACGCACCCACGGCGAGGAGGCCCAGGUCGCAGCCGGACCCCGAGCCCUCCGCCUCGCCCCUGCGGCCCCGAGCGAGCCUCCAUUUGUCGCGGCGAGGGAAACAUCCGUCGACAUUUUCUCGAGCGCCGAAACGCCUUCAUCUUUACUGGGUGUGGCUCCCCGCCCAGCGCGGGGGCGCGGGGGCGUGUGCCGGAGCAAUGGAGGCGCCACACCUUGUCGAGGUGCGGGCGGCACUCGUCGCAGGGCCCUUCGCACGCCCCGACCCGCGUCCCGACGGCUCCCUUCAGGGCGUCGAGCAGAACUUCGUUGGGGCAGCGGCAGGUGAGUCCGGGGCGCGGCGUGAGUCGGGGAGAGAAGGUGAGGCGGGCCGGCUCGGCGGCAAGAUGGCCCUUGUCUCGGGGGAGCGGAGGAGGGCGGUACCUGGCCGCGCCCUGCCGCUCACCUCCCCCGCCCACACGCACGCCCGCCAACAGGAGCACGGCGAAGGGCGGGGUCGCGCCGCCACGCUGGUAUGGGCGCGGCUCUCGGCGCAAUUAGCCGGCGGGGGCGGCCGAGGGGCGAGUGACAGGAGCGAGCGGCGAGGUGUGGCCUCCUGGGCGGCACCUGGCCACACCCGCACCUGGCCGCCCCGCCCUCGAGCGUCCGCCACACCUCGGCGGCGGCGCUGGGCGGGCGACGCUCCGCCGCCUCCCUCCUGGCCGCCCUCGCCGCCCUCGCCGCCCGCGGCCUUGGCGAGCCAGGCCACUCGAGGGCCGUGA